AUGCCGUCUGGAUCAUCAAGUAAAUCAGAUACUGAGGCUUGCGCUAUUUGCGAUGGCGACCGCUCCACAAAGCGAAACCCUAUCAUUUAUUGCGAUGGAGAAGGUUGCAAUUUACCUGUCCACAAAUUAUGCUACAAUGUGGACGAGAUACCCGAAGGCGAUUGGUUUUGUCAGCGCUGCGAAGCGUUAAGAAUGGGAAAAGACGUAAAAAAUGGAAGCCCCAUGUAUCUCAUCAAAAAACCUCAGAAAGUUGCUUGCUGUCCGGUUCAAGUGGGUGCUCUUCGUCACACCGUGAAAUCCGGCUACUUUAUGCAUGUCGAAUGUGCCAUGUGGAAUAAGGAUAUUAAAGAAGAUUUAGAACCCUAUGAUAUUAGAAAAAGACCAUUGGACGUGGAUAAACAAGGCCUGUGUAUUCGAUGCGAAAAACCCAAUUGCACAAAACGAUUUCACGUUACCUGUGCUAUCAAUUACGGAUUAAUCACGCCCGCCGAUUCCGUUCCGAGUAACUAUUCUCCUAGGUGUGGAGAUCAUCAAUCUGGGGAGCGUGUUGCACAAAACGCGAAACGACAGUCAUCCUUGAGUGCCCGACGUCGGAAAUUGCUACCUCGUCGGAUGAUGGAACUCGAUAGUGAAGAUGAAGAAAUGGAUGAGGAUGAUGACGAGGAAGACGAGGAAAGUGAUGAACAUGAAGCGGCGUCCGAUGACGAAGAGGAAGAAGAUAAAGAAAAUGGCGAGGAUCCAGAUUCCGACUCCGAUGACAGUCUCGGUCUGUCAUCACGCAAAAAGAACGGAAAGGAAGCUGUCAAGGCAAGCAAUAUUCCAGCUAAACGACGUGCAACAGCGCCACAUCAGAAAAAGAGUGGCGCCGAUCUUAACUUGUUUCUCAGUGAUCAAAGUUCCGAUGAUGAUAUGGGCACACGACGAGGCGCCAGCCAACGUCAUCGAUCCAAUAAGUCGACGAGCGGUGAACCUUCUGGGUUGUCGUUCAAGGAAAGACUAGAAGCAAAGCGCAAAAAAUCCGACAUUGCCAAAUCAGUCACACCACCUGCAACAAAACCAUUAGCGCAAUCACCUUCGACCUCCUCUCCAUCCUCUGCAUCCUCCUCCACCCCGCUGGCUUUGAACGGUACCGCUCCCGUCAAACAAAAGUUGCCCAGUAAAGCUCAUUUGAAUUUCCCCUCACCGGCCGUUGCUCCGCCUCGCAUGAACAACAAUACCUCUUCCCCGACCUCAGCUGCCCCUUCCGGGAUCGUCGCGCCGGUGGCGAAUAACAAGAAAGUCGGUAUGCCCAAUGCCAGCGCGAUCACCCCCAAGCCCCCCACGCCAGUUAUCAAAGAUUUUGAUGAGAUCCAAAACGAUAUCCGUGCCAACGCACAGCGGUGGAAUGCGAAUAACAAUCAACCUCUGACACCUUACGGCACUUCGCCGGCUGCGGCUCCUGAAACUAGCAAUGGACGAAAUUCAGUAGAUUACACAAGGUUCAAUAACAAAGCGCAUACGCCAUCCACUCCAGGGUCACGGAAAUCUACUGAGGCCAUGUCUGAUGUGGAUGUGAAAAUACGUGCAAAGAUCGUGGAUCUGGUCGACGAUGUGUUAAUCAGUCGGGCAUCUAGCAUGGCGCCGUCAUCGAUGGAAUUUGUCCUUUCACAAAAGCUCACCGCGGCCAAUCAAGAAAACGAGCGAUUGCGAGAAGAGCUGCGGAAACAAAGCGAGUUCAAGAAAACGGUGGCGGAAGUAUUUGCAGGAUUAAAUGUUCGCAUUCCAGGAACCUCUGGCGACAAUGUCGAGCAACUGGUGUCUGAAUUACGCGACAUGCUCCAACGGAACGGACCCAUUACUGAAAGAGAUCGACUGCGUAUUGCCGAAAGCGUCAGUGGCAUUGCCAGUGAUAGUCAGUGAAAAUGAUUCCUGUGUCUGUGACACUCUAUUAUUUCUUUCUUCAUUCGAUUUGUAAUUGUUUUGUUUGUGUGUUACCCUUUUUUUUAUCCUCUUUCUACUGUUUACAAUGACUAUUCUCUUUUUUCUUUUGUUAUUGCCAAAAAGAAAAU